AUGGCCAAGACCCAGCCACCGGUGUGCGUCGGCAUCACAGGAGACAUUUGCAUCUCCUGCAAGCAGACGGUGUACGACACCAAAUGCGGGGACCCAGAGGCCCCGGCGACCGCACCUCUGUAUGACCUGAGUUGUCAUUCAUCGGACGAGUUCCAGUGCUGCAAUUGCUUGACCAAGGCCUGGUUUAAUAGCGCUGGAGAUGCCGUGCCCUGCCCUUGGAAGUUCUGCCGCCGCGACGCCGGCUUUGCUCAACUCCCGAACAUCCACACGAUCAAUGUGGAUCAGGAGCUAGUCGAGAAGACAGAGCUACUCCGUCUGGAUAAGAAAACAGCGGAGAACCUGAUCGGAAUCGACGCAGGUGACGCUAGGGUCUUCUUGACUCAGGUGUACAACUUCUUCGAGGAUCAUGUUCUGGAUCCUACGGCUUUGGGUGGCCUUCCGGGCCAGGUCACAGAGGCUUUGGAGAAUUCGGCAAUCGCGAGUCUGGCGUCCAACCCUUUCUUUCAGGGGCUGUACAACCACUUCCCGUGGGACGAUAUGUCUCCGCGUAAGUAUAUGCUGACUCCAAUGGAACUUGAACGGGAUUUGCUGAAAAUCCUGGAGCAGCGGCUUCGAAACCACGUUAUGGAGAAUUAUGGCGUGGCGCUGUCUAGCAUCGGUAUGUGUCUUGACACGGAGGAUGGCCUGAAAGCUGCUACGGAGAUGGCGAAAGAGCAGUUCGUCCCGGUCACGACCAUCUACGAGAACUGGCGGUCGAUAGUCCAAACGUUGGUUAGCGUCCUUUGUUGGAGACAUCUUGAGCGUCUUGCUGGCGCCGAGGAUGAGUCCGACACUGACUGA